AUGUCUAGUAUAAUAUCGCAAGACAUUACUUCUGAGAUUGAAUUACCUUCACAAAAAGAUGAUUUGUCUCAAAGAGAUCUAAUACUACUUAAUGCAUAUGAAAGUGCCCCAUGGAAUGAAAGUGAUAUUUCUGAUAAAUCGAUAACUACUGUAGAUAGGGACCUUUUUUUCCAGAUAUUAAUGGUAGAGAAUAUAUCCAAGUCUAAACAAUCCCAACUGGAUGACAUUAAUACAAAACUUGACCCAAAAACACAACGUGUUGAUCGAUUAAACGCAAGCAAAGUAAAUUUGAAACGUCAGAAACCAGAGUUUAUUUCACAGAUUGAUUUGGACAGGGAGGAUUCCUCUUCUUUAUCCUCCUCUAAUAAUACUUUAACUAGUAACGAAAAAGAUAUGUUUAGAUUCACCAUACAAGGGAGAAAUGGCUUAGUGUUUUUUGCAAUUAACACAUUUCAAAUAAAGUGGUGGAAUUGUGCUUUAGGAGCCAAGAUAAUUAUCAAAAAGGGUACAGUUUUUAAUAAAAAUAUGUUUAUUCUUUGUAAUAAUACGAAUGUAGUAUUUCUUGGUGGCAUUAAUAGAAUUUGGAAUGAAAACAGAACUUUAAAAUUGAAGGACUACCUAACUGCAAAGUUAAAUAGAGAUAGAACCAAUGCUACUACAACUUCGACUUUACGAAAAAGGAAAACAUCGAAUAUUACAUAG